UCAUGCAGGCGCGCGAGAGGGAUUGUGCGUGCGCGCGCUUGGCACGGCGCCGCGCACUCCAGCCACUGUGUAUAGUAAUCCAGAGCAGUGGAGCUCUCAGCUAGACAUGGCGGCCGAUCCUAAGCCGGACUGGCUCUCCUGCCUUCCCUCUUCUUGGAGUUAUGGGGUGACUCGGGAUGGACGCAUAUUCUUCAUCAACGAAGAAGCAAAGAGCACAACCUGGUUACAUCCUGUUACUGGAGAAGCUGUAAUCACGGGGCACAGAAAAACUCCAGAUUUACCAACAGGAUGGGAGGAAGGAUACACAUUCGAGGGAGCUCGCUGCUUCAUCAAUCACAAUGAGCGAAAGGUGACCUGUAAGCACCCGGUGUCAGGCGUUCCCUCCCAAGACAACUGCAUUUUUGUUGUAAAUGAACAUGUGACUUGUGGGAAGCUUGUCCACCCUGACAAGCCCAUAGAGGCUCUCAGCAGGCCGGCUCCGAAGGCUUCAUCAGAGCGGGGCAGUAGCAGUGACAAGAAGGAACGUCCAAUGAGCACCAUGAGCGAGGCAUCAAACUACACAGGUGGCUCCGACUACAGCACCUUUCCUGGCAGCCCGGCCACCACCAUCACUACUGCCACCACCACCUCCACUUCAUCCACACGGCCCUCUAGGUCUUUCAAUAAAGUUCACAACUUUGGAAAAAGGUCAAACUCCAUCAAGAGGAACCCCAAUGCUCCGGUGGUCAAGAGCAACUGGCUUUACAAACAGGACAGCACAGGCAUGAAGCUGUGGAAGAAGAGAUGGUUUGUUCUGUCCGACAUGUGCCUCUUCUACUACCGUGAUGAGAAAGAGGAUAGCAUCCUGGGAAGUAUCCUGUUGCCAAGUUUUCACAUCUCCAUGUUGUCUGUGGAUGACCACAUCAGCAGGAAAUAUGCCUUCAAGGCCACUCACCCAAACAUGCGGACGUAUUAUUUCUGCACUGACACAGCCAAAGAGAUGGAGUCCUGGAUGAAAGUCAUGACAGAUGCUGCCCUCGUCCACACUGAACCAGUCAGAAGACUGGACAAGUUGAAAGUGGAUCAGCGGACACCUCAAGAGAUGAACAACUUACUGAACCACAGAGUCCUAACCCGGCCCGAGAUCCAGAACAAUGAGCGCAACCGUGAGCCUGCGCGACAACACUCACUAUCCCGAGUUGAUGACAAACGGCAAAAAGACCUAGAGAAACACAACUGUCAGAGAGAGCAUGAGUACUACACCUUACAGAGAGAUGGUGAGAAGUACUCCCUGAAGAAAGAGGGUGUGAGCUACAUGCUUCAGAAGGAUGGAGAGAGGUAUCUCCUUCACAAAGAUGGAGAGAAGUACAUGCUGCAAAAAGACAGGGAGAAACCCUCGCUGCAAAAAGAGGAGGAGGUUUAUACAAUUCACAGGGAUCUGGAGAGGUAUGCUGUUCAGAAGGUGGAUGAAAAGUGCACUGUGACGCCAACAGAGGAGAAAUAUGCUCCAUCUAAAGAUGGAGAGAAGUACCUGCUCACGAAGGAUGGAGAAAAAUAUGCACUGCAGAAAGUAGGAGACAGGCACACACUUCAGAAAGAUGGACAGAAAUAUGCUCCCCAGAAAGAGGUGAAGAGACAGCUGUCACUAAAGGAGACAGAGAGGUAUGGCAUACUGAGGGAGACAGAGAGUAAAUAUGGUACCAUCCAAGUUGUAGACAAAUACGGCACUCUGAAGGAGGUAACGAAAUACAGUACGCUACGAGAAGGGGAUAAGUACACUGCUCUCAGAGACACAGGGAAGUAUGCUACAAUCCGCAGCGGGGAUAAAUAUGGCCUUCAGAGAGACCCAAGUGCAGAGAGGUCUCUGACUAAAAUAAGCAGCAUCAAGCUACAGCCAGCUCAGGCUGCCGCCAUUGCAGCUGCAGUGUCUGCAUCUCGUCAGGGCCAGGCCAACCUCAGUGUCCAAAGCCCUGCACAGGUCAAUGGCUCAGGGUCUACAGCAGGGGAGCAGACUGGGGACUGCAGCUCAGCAGAGGUGGACAGCAGUCUGACCACGGGUCCAGGAAAAUCCCCUGCUCCAGUCCAGGAGCCAGAGAAAGGCCUGUCCAGGACCAACUCCAUGCAACAGCUGGAACACUGGGUCCGCACACACAGGACAAGAGGACUGGAUGAUGACACAAGGAGUGUUACGUCCUAUCAGACCUUACCCAGGAACAUGCCCAGCCACCGUGCUCAGAUUGUGCCCCGCUACCCAGAGGGCUAUCGCACGCUGCCCCGCAACAGCAUGAUGAGGCCCGACAGCAUCUGCAGCACUGCAGGCUCUGUGUAUGACCGGGCCCUCCGUCCUGCUUCCACCAACCCUAUCACCACAGCUGAGAAGAGGAAGUCGAUGAGGGACGACACCAUGUGGCAGCUCUAUGAGUGGCAGCAGAGGCAGGCCUUCUCCAGGCAAAGUCUGGCUCAGCCAACAGCCGUGAGUCAUUAUGGGACCCUGCCCAGCACAAAGACCAUGGGUAACAUCUCUGAACAUGCUGUGGCACUUUCUAUCCCCACCUCGCCGUCUCACGGCUCCCUGGCUCUCUACAGCACCUUCUCUCCUCCUCGCCAGCAGGUCGCUCACAACCCCAGCAGCACCCAUUCUGAAGUGUCCUCACCCAUCUUCAAGGGGGACGUGACACUGGACCACCGGCACAGGACACACCCUGCCAAGUACGGCUACCCAUCUGAUAGACGAUCCAUCGCAGCCGGUGUCCCUCCUCAGACCAUCACCCCACAGUCCCUCCAAGGCAAGACACCCGAGGAGCUGACCCUGCUCCUGAUCAAGCUCCGCCGGCAGCAGGCGGAGCUCAACAGCCUGCGGGAACACACAGUAGCUCAGCUAAUGGCCCUGGGUAUGGAAGGGCCCAACGCUAAGACUGAUGUUCUGUCUCAUCACCUCCAGAGGAACCUUAUUUACCUGGACAGCCAGAUGAAGGAGAAUGAGCCUCUAAUCUUCAUGAUUCACACUAUGAUCGAGAACUCUGCACCAAGACCGCAACUCUAUCACCAAAUCAGUCCAGAAGACUACAAAGACAGCUCCUUCAUCCAGCACAAUGAGGAGGCUGACAUAGACACCAAGCUGAGCAGACUGUGUGAACAGGACAAAGCAGUGAGGAUGCAGGAGGAGAAACUGCAGCAGCUUCACAGAGAGAAGCACACUCUUGAGACGGCCCUGCUGUCUGCCAGUCAGGAGCUAAGUGAACAGAGCAGCUCCAAUGCUGCAGCUACCCAGAGCCUCAUCCAGCAGAGAGAUGUGCUGCAGAAUGGCCUGCUCAGCACCUGCAGAGAGCUGUCCAGAGUCAACACUGAGUUGGAGCGUUCCUGGAGGGAGUACGACAGGUUGGGUGCAGAUGUCACUCUAGCCAAGUCUAACUUGCUGGAGCAGCUGGAGGCCCUGGGCAGCCCACAGACAGAGCCUCCAAGCCAGCGGCACAUCCAGAUCCAGAAGGAGUUGUGGAGGAUUCAGGACGUGAUGGAGGCUCUGGCCAAAAAUAAACCACAGCGGAGCAUAGACAGCAGUUUAACUGGUUCCAAACCGCUCUCCAGUCUACAGAAGAAUGAGGCAGUGACGCUGCUGCCACUCAGUCCUCUCAAGGAGGGUGACAGCAUGCCCCCGCGCCCGCCCCUUCCCCAGUACUACGACUCAUCAGAGCACCCCCCUCACGUGCCCCCCCACCACGCACAUCCUGGCGGCCGCCAGCCCCCCCACUCCCACCGCACUGAGGAUCGCAAGGCCAGCUCCAGGAACGGAGUACACAGCCAAGCUCCAGACUACCGGCUGUAUAAGAGUGAGCCUGAGCUGACCACAGUGAAGGAAGAAGUAGACGAGGCCAACACUGAGGACAAGGACAAGACAGAGAUCUCUGUUGAGAGUAAGGACACUGCAUCUUUAAAAGCACCCCCCUACCCAAUGGGUAUCAUUCAACCCAGGACCAAAUCUCCUAUGAGCCCUCCUGAGUCCUCCACUAUUGCCUCUUAUGUCACCCUGAGGAAGACCAAGAAGCCUGAAUCCAGAGCUGACCGUCCCAGGAGUGCAGUGGAUCAGACGGGAUUUGGGGAGCGAGAAGUGGGUAGAACAAGGAUGAGUGUGGAGGAGCAGCUGGAGAGGAUUAGGAGAAACCAGGAGGCCUCGUCGCUCCGAGAGAAGAGGAGAGAAACGCCAUCCCGCUCGCCCUCUUUCAGCAAAGACAACCCUUUUCUUAUCCAGCAGAGUCGGAUCCAGGCGGAGGGGGCCUGUGCAGAUCCUGUGGAGCUAGAAGCGGCUCUGCAGCAGCUGAGGGCUGCUCACAUGGAGCAGAGCAGGAUGGCUGCUGAGGCUGCCAAGACUCACACAGAACCUGCACCACAGGAGUUGCAGAGAGUGGAGGAGGUAAAAAAAGGCGAGUCUGAGGAAGUGCAGCGGGACAGGGACAUGACUCCGCAGACUGUGAAAGAGCUGCAGGUUGCAGCCAACAGAAUAGACAAUGAGCUGUGUGAAAGUCAGAGGGUGGUGAUUCUUGACCUUGGCACAGAUCCAAAGCAUGUGGAGAUUGUAAACCUUCACCCUUUUGAGGAUGACGAAAGCAGAGAGCAAGAUCUGACCAGCUCGCCGACGAACACCACCACUGAAAACAGCUUCCAGACUCCAGAGCCUGACACGCCAAGCCCAGAACCAAAGGAGGAGGAACCAGACUUGACGCAACAAACCACCAGAAAGGAGAAGCUGGAGAAUAGAGUGGACUCUUCCAACCAGCUAACAGCUGAUGACAAGAAACACAACAACAACAACAACAACUUGUUGGCUUGUAAGUAAAGACUCCCUCCAUCAGUUUCCUCUUCACCACAAUGGUCCAGUGAAACACCUUCAUCACUGCUGACACCACGCUAAGCCGCCUAUCCAUCUCACACUCCAUUUUACCGUCACUUGUGAGCAAGACCCCGAAAUACUUGAACUCCUUCACUUUGGGCAGUAAAUCUCCCAACCCAGAGGGGGCAAUUCACUAUUAUCCAGCAGACAGCCAUGGCCUUGUAAUAAUUGAAAUAUAAUGCAUUAUUAUUCAUUAAACUAUCCAGCAUUAUAUAAGAAUUAAGGAGUUCAUCAUGAACAGACAUUAAGUAUAUUGAAGUACACUGUGCUGAUAAUGCCUCUGUGUUUUUUCUGUACUCUUUGCUUUAAGUAAAAAUCUGAAUGCAAGGCUUUUACUUUGUGGUAUUAAUAGUUUGACUAUGAAUAGUGCAGGGAUGAAAGUAAGCUGCGUGUGAGCUAACAAUCCGGGAUUUCACUCUCAGCAGUACGUGACUGUGCAUGCGUGUCUACUUCCAAAACACAGCGGUUGGGGUGCGUUUGAUUUAUUGUACUGGGACAUUUGAUUUUCCACAACUGGGCCACGGACAUCAAAAAACGCUGUUUGCACCGGGACAGGACAAACAAUACAUGAAACCAACGAAAUUCCACACAUUCUUGUGGUUGGCUCAAACACUGUCAGCGUGAUUUAAAUAUCUUUGAUUGUUUUUGAAGAUAGUCAACUGAGAGAAAAACAUCAAAAUAAUAAUUUUUGGUCAAAUCUAAAGAAUGAAAAAUCAUAAUGCCGAGAAAAAUUACUCAUUUGUUCAAAAGACUUUAAUGUUUAUUGAGUUUAUUUUAUAGUUUAUUGAGUUUAUUGCGGAUGUUGAUCAAUGUUUUUUACAAGGAAAAAUAGGUAAAGAGGAAAAGAGAAAAAGCAAAAAAUGACAUGCAUGGUUUUAAGUUUUCAUUAAGGUUUCAUACAUGCCAGCCACACAGAAAGAGCUGAGCUAGGCCCUAUUUUUUUGUUCUUUGUUUCAUUUGUUUGGCAAAACCCCCAAGGUUCCUCUUUCCCCCACAUUUCAAAGCUUUCAUUUGUUGUUCACUUAUUUAAUCAAAGAAGAUAAAUAAAUCUUUUUCUUUUUUUUGACUGCCACACAUCCGCCUUGAGUUCUGUCUUUAUUGGUUGUCAGCGUUAUUGUUUCUGUUUGCUUCUUGUAAAGAGAAACGUAACAACCCGAAACAUUAAAACAUAUAUUUUACUGUACACGUUGUGAAGUGUUUUUAAUUUUUUUCCACUCCAUACAGGUACAGUAAAAUAUUGAAAUGUUUUUAUUUGUUUGUUUGGUUUUUGACUUUGCUUGAUGCAUGAAGCAAGGAGAGGUGAACAAUAUGAAGCAAUAAAGGUUUUGGUAAUAGUACCGGCAGAAAAAAGUUUUGAGUACCUCUUCUAUCGCUGCCAAUACCAGGAAGGGUGAACGUAAAGCAAGACAUCUCUUGACUGGAGCCCUGAAAUCACUAAAUACGCCCCUGAAGAUCACACCACUGAGAUAUUAGCGUAUGUAUUAAUUUCCACAUAGCCGUAUUAUUUGCUUGCUUUGACAUAACCGUGGCGGUUAUGGUCAGGGUACCUUCAGGCAGUUCGUUUUUUCGUUUUAAACCAAAAACGAAAAACAGAAAUGCCAUGGUUUUCCCGUUUUUUCCUUUUUGGUUUAAAACGAAAAAACGAGAAAAUGGAGCCGUUUUUCCGUUUUUGUUGU